AUGACUGCCGGCCUGGAGAAAGCCUGCCACCGAUGCAUAUCUAAGAUUGCCAGCAAUGCAUGCUUUAUAUUUGGGCUCCUCGCUUUCCUUGCCUUACCACUGUCCAUGACCUUUACAGGAAUGAAGUUUUUGGAAGAUUGCCCAGUUCAGCCAUUAAUUCCAUUAUAUCUCUUGGUGGGUGGCGUGAUUGGCAGCUUAAAGGUGACUCUCCUGCUGUACGACUCAACCAGGAUGAGGCAGCUGCUUUCCAAGUCUGUUGUGAUUGAUGAUGAUGACGAUGACGAAUAUCCCUGGAGGCAGAAUGCUCACAAGUACUACAUCCAUCUAACCCUCAGCCUUUUCCUCUUCCUCUGGUUCAUUCUUGGGAACUACUGGGUUUUUUCUGUGUACCUGCCAAAUUUCAUCCCACCUUUCCAUCAGCCUCAGGAUUACUGUGACAAAACCCUGUACAUUUUUGCUGUUGGUGUUCUCAUUAUUAGCCAUACUGUUCUCUUUCUCCUUAUCUUUUGUAGCUGCUGCAUAUAUUGUUUUUCCAGACAAAGAUACUCUUCUGAGGAAGACUAA